AUGACAGAAGCUUUACCUAAGGGUAUCGUCUUAAAUUCCGAGCGCAUUAGUUCCGAAAUUGAAAGCUUUGGCGGUGUGGAUACUCAGGAUCUCGCAAAGCUAUGGCGAGUCUACACCACCAACAGGUCUACGAUGAAAGCAGAUGCGGGAAGGCGGUUGGAAAAUCUGUUUUGGAGAAUAUGGAGCAACAAUUCCAUUCUACGUACUAUUAAAGGUACUACGCUAGCUGGCCUCUUUCUCCAUAUAUCUGAAGGAGAAAGCAUUACCGGAAUGGCUCGAGGCAGACUAAGAGAAAUCCCACAAUCCAUACCGCGGGUCCCAUCAAGACGGCGCGUGGCCCCAUCCACUUCAAGCGCCCAGCCCGAGAGUCUCUCAACGGGAACUGGUUUUAAAAGUAGCCCAAACGCAUCCCGGAAAUCCUCGGUAAAUUCAACUCGAACACCGUUGCCGCCUCCUAUCUUAAAGAAGCCGCGACAAUCAUCCAACGACGCCCAACCAACCUCCAAUUCCUCUACGGUGGGCGCGAGUGAAAAUGCCAGAGGGGGCGACCCCUCUUUGUCCCCACCCCCAAUAGCAGGUAUUGAAGCUUCUAUUGGGGAAUCAGCUUUGGAGAAACCGCGGAGGAAAAAGGCUACAUUUGCAACAAAUGUAAUUUCCAUGGAAGCGGAGACGGUGUCGAUGCGGAAGAAAGCCUCCCAGCUGCCUUUGGAUCUCUCAUCUGCAAGACAUUCGCCUACCAAGUCAAUCCAGGCCUUACCGGACAUGUAUGGUUCAUCAGCGCUUCUACAGCAGAAAUAUCCGAUAUCUGAUGAAUCCGCAAUAUCCAUAAGCCCAACCCCUACGACCAUUUUAAAGCCAAACCCCUGGCUAUCCCAAACAACCCAUCGACCAGGCGCAACGUCAAACCCCACAUCACACCCCGCUAUCAUCAAAUCUAUUCACAAACAACAAACGCAGCAGCAGAAGCAGAGUAAUAGUUCCCCCAUCUCACAAAAAACGCAACCAUCUACGAUCUCGCUAGUAGAAAAGGACUUCCGGGCGCGAUUCGUUGAAAAACGGCUACAGGAGUCGCGCAACUCGUCUUUCACCAAUUUAGGAAGCUCGCUACUAACCCGGGCAGAUAUUAGGGGUAGUACUACAAUAGCCCCUAUAGCAAACACGGGCAUGACGCGUUCGCAAAACCUUCAAUCAUCAGCCGACGCAAAACCGGUUAAGGGGCUUCAUGCGGUCGACGGCCUGAGAAAGAUCCAGACAGGAGGAUCUUCUGGACAGAAGAAGCGUCCAUCUCAGGACAAUUACAAUGGUUCUAAAGGUGUGGUUGAGCAUGUAUAUGCGGAGGGCGGGAACGAUGAAGGGGAUUGGGAGGAUAUCGAUAGCGAUGAUGAUCGCUCCAACACAAUUUUCCCAUCACAGCCACAGCCGCAGUCGCCAUUUCAGCAAGGAGGAGUUUCUGCAUCCAGACCAUCUCUAAGUCAACAGCAGAGCCAGUUAAGCAAGUUGAUCGAGCAGGAAAGGAAGUUAAGUGCGACGAUGCAGAAAAAUGGGAAACACGAGUGA